CAUUCUGCAGACUUCGGACUCACCAGUGGUGCUUCAUUCUGUUUAAUGUCAUACUGUUUCAUGCCUUGCUUUUUGGGGCUGACUUUGUAGAAGAAUAUUUUCUGCAUUCUUUGCCUCAUGUAGAUAUGAAAGUUCUUGAAAUUAAAGAGAAGGCAAGAAAACUGAAUAUGGAACCUCUAAGAAGUAAUCCUUCCAAAUACUAUGUCUUGAGCCAGUCGGAUAUCUGCAAAGGGAAGAACAUUUUUUUUGCUCUCUUUUAUCUUCAGUAGCCCAGGAAAUGGAACAAGACGGGAACUCAUCAGAAAAACCUGGGGUAAUGUGAGCAGUGUCCAAGGGCACCCCAUUCUCACACUGUUUGCUUUGGGAAUGUCUGUUACCAUAACCACUCAGAGAGAGAUAGACAAAGAAUCCCAUAAGAAUAAUGAUAUAAUCGAAGGAAUCUUCUUGGACAGUUUUGAGAACCAAACCCUGAAGAUCAUCACAAUGACCCAGUGGGCUGUGACAUUCUGCUCUAAUGCCCUAUUCAUUCUCAAAAUUGAUGAAGAGAUGUUUGUCAAUAUGCCAAGCUUGGUAGAUUAUCUUCUCAAUCUAAAGGAACACCUUGAAAAUAUCUAUGUAGGAAAAGUUGUCCAUCAGGAUACACCCAACAGAGACCCUGGUAGCCAAAACUUUGUUCCUCUUAGUGAGUAUUCACAAAAAUACUACCCAGAUUACUGCAGCAGUGAAGCUUUUGUGAUGUCCCAAGAUGUGGCUUGGAUGAUAUAUGUGGUUUUCAAAGAAGUACCCAUUAUGGUGCCUGCUGAUGUGUUUGUAGGGAUUUGUGCUAAGAUCGUUGGACUUAUACCCAUCCACAGUUCAAGAUUUUCUGGAAAAAGACACAUCAGAUACAACAGAUAUUGCUAUAAGUUCAUUUUUACAUCCUCUGACACUAAAGAUGCUGAAAUAUCCCUGGUGUGGAUGGAAAUUAAUGGUGGGAAAGAAUGCUCACUGUUUGAGACUUACUAUGGGCUCAUUUCCUGCAAACUUCUGACAUACCUUGACAGCAUUAAGCAUUUUCACAUGGGGACCAUAAAAAAUAAUGAUAUGUAUCUCAAUGAUUAAGAUGUCUUUGCUUUUCUUGUAAGUCUGUCAGUUUUAAAAUGCUUUUUUCCUGUUAUAGAAAGCAGCCCUUUUUUCCCUUGUUUUAUGUAGUUUCUCUGAAUCUUUAAUCAUACUUAGCAACGAUACAAGAUGUUUGUAGUGCUUUGAUGUAAUCUAUGUUGUUGAGAUCUCAUUUUAAGAAAUUUAAAUUGGUGUGGCAUGGUUUUUUCAAAAUAAAAUCUUUCAGAA